AGUGUGUGAGUGAGUGAGCGGGCGGGCGCGAGUGUGGCCGCCGCGGAGCGCGAGCAGGACCCGGCGGGCGCGCUCCCCCAGCCUCUCUCUCCCCGCCAGAACCAUGUCGGGCAGGUCGGUUCGAGCCGAGACCAGGAGCCGCGCCAAAGAUGAUAUCAAGAGGGUCAUGGCGGCUAUCGAGAAAGUGCGCAAAUGGGAGAAGAAGUGGGUGACUGUGGGUGACACGUCCCUGCGAAUCUACAAGUGGGUCCCUGUGACAGAGCCAAAGGUGGAUGAUAAGAACAAGAACAAGAAAAAGGGCAAAGAUGAGAAGUGUGGCUCAGAGGUGACCACUCCGGAGAACAGCUCCUCCCCAGGGAUGAUGGACAUGCACGAUGAUAACAGCAACCAGAGCUCCAUAGCAGAUGCCUCCCCCAUCAAACAGGAGAACAGCAGUAACUCAAGCCCUGCUCCCGAGCCCGCCUCGGCUGUGCCCGGCGAAGGCACUGACACCAAGGCAGAUGAGACCCAGGCAGAUGGGAAGGAGCUCCCUGGGGCCGAAGAUGCUUCUGACGAGCAGAAUUCACAGUCCUCAAUGGAAAACUCGAUGAACAGUUCAGAGAAAGUAGAACGGCAGCCAUCUGGAGACGCGGGUCUAGCUGCAGAGGCGUCCGCAAUCUCUCAGGUACCUCGAUCGAGGCCUCAGAGGGGCAGCCAGAUCGGCCGGGAGCCCGUUGGGGUGUCGGGGGAUUUGGAAGGAGUCCCACCCUCUAAGAAGCUGAAACUGGAGGCCUCGCAACAGAACUCCGAAGAGAUGUAGACACUACGUUCAGUCCUGCUGUCCACGUUCCACGGGAGAGCCAUCUGCAGGCUGAAUUCUAGAACAACUUCCCCCGAGCGAUUCCUCUCGGGUGCAGACAGAACUACUAACUUUCCAAGUUUACCAAGUGCAAAUCCAAGAAAACCCAGAACAGCGUAACUUCUCAGACACUGAAGAACUUUCUGCUGUGAAGCAAAACACUUGAGUCUCGAAGGGACCGUCCUUGGGAAGGCGGAGUCGACAGCACUCAGGAGGGUCUGCACACUGUCUCUGAAGCCAAGAUUACAUUUGUGUUGCUGCUGUAUUGUUUCGUUCCCCUCUCCGCCACCCCCCACUUCUCUAUUUAACGAUAUAAGCUAUACUUGAGGGUGGUGCCGAUCAGGAAAUCGGUUUUCGUCGGGGCAUUUCACUGUUCAGCCGAUUCCUUCCGCUUUCUUUUUUUGUGCCUUGUGCCCUUGAGGUGACCUCUGGCAUGUUUUCCCGGUUGUUUUGCAUCUCCCUUUGCAAAGUGCCCUCGGUUUCGUCCAGGCAGCCGGUGCCACCGUCCUCAACAUCUCUCCCCUUCCUGACCCGGGACUUCAGCUGGAGCGGAGCAGGCAGGGAGGAGGGGAAACUGAGGCCUCGGAAGAGCAGGACCUCCUUGGCCACCUGAUUUGCAGGUGCGGAGGGAGGGCGUUGAGCACGCCCUGGGGCCUGGGUCCAAGGUCCGAGGAGUCUCGAUGUCUCGGGGCACUGUCCCCGAGGGCGGGCCACUGGAUGUGCUCUCACUUCCUCGGGGCAUCUGAGGCCGGUGUUUCCAAGCCCACCGUGGCCCAGACGGAUACACGGAACCCUUAGAUUGUUCUGGCACUUCCACCCUCUAUCCCCACCAUACCGCUUUCUCCCACACCUCCGAAGACGACAUGGCUUCUGUGGCUGACUGCAGGAUUGUCUCCUUAGGAUGAUGAAAGGGCUGAGGAGGCUGGGAGCAGAUGGCAAAAAGAGCUGGUGCUGAACUUUCUCUCCUAGCGUGUUGCCUGGAUUUCAAAUCCACAGUAACCUGCUGCCCUCCGCCUCCCCGGCUCCUCUGGGCUCUCCCCCCACGCCCCCCAGGUGGGGAGGGGAGAUGGCAAAGCGUUCCUGACUCUUCAGAGCCAACAACAGUCCAUCGCCUCUCGCUCCCAGGAUGCGCUGAUGGUCCCCACUGGGGAGCAGACCCUGAUGAUCGGGCCUCAAAGGCCAGAAACAAGGCACCGGGGAGCAGAAAGCUCUACGCUCCUCCAGAAAGGGGUGAUUGAGCCCCCAUCCCCUGGCCUCCGUCCUGUGCCUGUGCCAGGACAGCUUCCUCUCACUCAAACGGCGAUGCCCCCCGUGGACAGACCGCCUGAUCGUUUGGUUCUGAGGCCUGGUUUGCUCUUAAUUCCUAGAUGGACUCCUCGGACCUUAACCCUUUUCCUGAGCUUUCUUUACUGCACUGGAGUUCAACUUCCUUUGAGUUGUGUGAGGGGGUGGGAGGGUUGAGGGGGGGUUAUUUUGUUGUUGUUUUGUGGUUUUUUUGUUUUCGUUUUUGUUUUGCUGAUUGGUGCAUAUAUUCAGGUACCACCUUUGACGUGUGGAUCUCUCUCCUGACCACCAUGGGAAGUGUCUGCCAGAUUCCAGUUUCUAAGUUUCUGAGGGUGAGGCUCUUACUUUUUUUUUAAGGGAGCCAAUCUAUUUCCUGCACUUCAAGAAGAAUCAAAAUGUUCCUGAAUUUCAAAUACCUCAUGCAAAAAUGUCUCCUGAAAUAAGGGAAAAAAAAAACAACAAAACAAAACAAAA